UCAGUAUUCAAUUUCGUUCUGACCGCGUCAAUUAUGGAGCUGACUCUCGUCCUCGUCCUGGUGCUCGGAUGUGCCUCCCUUGGAAUCCACAAUGGACAAGCCUCCGACUUGCCCUCGGGAAUCGAGAAAUGCGGGGCCAUGGACGAGCAGUGCUUGUUGAACGGGGUGAACUAUGUGCUGAGGAACUAUGCCAAGAGUGGAAUCAAGGAGCUGGGACUGAUCCCACUGGACCCGCUGCACAUCAAGAAGUUCAAGAUUGGCCGAAAUCCACACAGUCCAGUCAACAUUGAUCUGAGCUUCCGUGAAGUGGACCUCUUGGGUCUUCAUCAGGCAGUUGCAAAGCGAGUGAGCGGAUUCACAGCAGAUCUCGAUCGUACAAUUGAGCUGGUUAUGGAUGUGCCCGAAAUUGCACUCAAAGGCCCCUACAUAGUAGAUGGCCGAGUCCUUAUUCUACCCAUUACGGGAAAGGGCAAUGCCGAGAUUCGGCUAAUAAAAACGAAGGUACAUGCUUUGGUCAAGUUAAGGCGUGUUCCCAAGGGCGAUCAUCAGACCUUUGCCGAGGUGGUUGACAUCAAGGUGGAGGUGAAUCCCUCCCAUGUCUCCUAUCACCUGGAGAACCUAUUCAAUGGCCAGAAGGAUUUGAGUGAGAACAUGCACGCCCUCAUCAACGAGAACUGGCAGGACAUCUUCAUCGAACUCAAGCCAGGCAUUUCCGAGGCCUUCGGACUAAUAGUCAAGUCAGUGCUGGACAGGAUCUUCGGCAAAUUGCCGCUGGAACAGCUCUUCGUAGUCUAAUCUUAAGCCUUAGUAAAAAGCUCUUCAACUUCAAUUAGUUGAAACAUAACUGUGAAUAUUUAUUUGAUUUUAAACAUACAAAACGCAAAGCAAACAAUUCACUGACAAGUUCCUCUUACAAAUUAAAAUCAGGCACAGAAAGAUUGUACUUAUACUUAAGCCGUAGACUAAACUAGCUUCAUUUUUGGCUUACAAAGGUAGCGAAAAAUCGUUUUCGUUUGUUUUUGGAUCUUUAAAGUGUACAAAUGUUGUUCAGACUAGCCAUUUUUUAACAAAUAAAUGUAAAUCCUUAACCAAA